UUUUAGGAUGGUUCUGGAUAUUGAUUUAUUUCGAGAAGAGAAAGGCGGUGAUCCGGAACUGAUACGAGAUUCACAGCAGAAACGGUAUAAGGAUGUCAGACUUGUUGAUGAAGUUAUUGAUUAUGAUCAGCGAUGGAGAAAAGAGCGUUUCUCCGCUGACAAUUUCAACAGGUUAAUCAAUUUAUGUAGCAAGGUUAUUGGAGAAAAAUUAAAGAAGAAAGAAGCGAUCGAUGCUGAUAAUCCGGUACCAACCGAUUAUAUGGAACGUUUAGAAGUACUUAAUGCUGAUGACAUGAAGAAUUUGGAGAUACUGCAAAUUAAAAAACUAAAGAGCAUAAUUGAUAAGAAACUUAUGGAAAAAAAGAUAGAAAUGGAGAAGCUUGAAGCAAAACGCCAUCAAAGUCUUAUUCAAAUAGGCAAUAUUAUACAUUCCACAGUACCCAUCAGUGAUAAUGAAGACAAUAAUAAAGUGGAGAAGACUUUUGGUGACAUCGAAAGUAAGAAGAAAUAUUCACAUAUAGAUCUUUGUGUGAUGAUUGAUGGCUUUGAUGGUGAUCGUGGAACUUCUAUUGCCGGUGGCCGCGGUUAUUUCUUGAAGGGUCCAUUAGUAUUUCUGGAACAAGCAGUUAUCAAUCUUGCUUUACAAAUGCUACAUUUCAAAGGCUUCGUCACGCUUUACACUCCAUUUUUCAUGCGUAAGGAAGUGAUGCAAGAAGUGGCACAGCUUAGUCAAUUCGAUCAGGAGCUUUACAAGGUUACUGGGAAAGGUUCUGAAGUUAUCGGAGACGAAACCAAUGACGAGAAAUAUCUCAUAGCCACAUCCGAGCAACCAAUCGCAGCUUAUCACCGAAAUGAAUGGAUUAGUGAAGCAGAUCUGCCAAUUAAAUAUGCCGGCAUAUCAUCCUGUUUCCGCCAGGAGGUCGGAAGUCAUGGACGAGAUACCCGUGGUAUCUUCCGAGUACAUCAGUUUGAAAAAGUCGAGCAGUUUGUUCUAUGUUCUCCACAUGAUGACGAAAGUUGGAAAAUGCUUGAUGAGAUGGUUGAAAACGCUGAAGAUUUCUGUAAAGCACUUGGUAUACCGUUUCGAAUUGUAUGCAUUGUUUCGGGAGAACUUAAUAAUGCUGCUGCAAAAAAGCUUGAUUUAGAGGCGUGGUUUCCAGGCAGUGCUGCAUUCAGAGAAUUAGUUUCUUGUUCGAACUGUACCGACUAUCAAGCUCGACGUUUGAAAAUCCGUUACGGAAAAACGAAGAAACUGGAUGGUGAAGUAUCUUACGUACAUAUGUUGAAUGGUACAAUGUGUGCAACUACACGUGUAUUAUGUGCGCUGUUGGAAAAUUAUCAAGAAGAGAACGGUAUACGUGUGCCAGAAAUUCUAAGGCAAUUUAUGCCAUAUCCUUAUAAAGAACUAAUACCAUUCAUUAAAGAAGCUCCUAUUGAAAAUGAUUUGAAGAAAGUAAAUUGAUAUGUUACUAUUUAUUUUAUUUAUAUGUUACUAUUGCAGAAGUAAGCUUGGAUUUGAAACAU